GCUCAGUCGGUAUCGAAAUUCGCAAGAAAGUGCGGAUUGCGUAUGAAAGCCAAAAAUGACGUUAGCGCCUAGCCCACCUCACAACUCCACAACUCCCUCCCCAUCUCCACAACCCCGAAAACAAUAAUGGCCUGUAGUAGUACUACUCGCGGGCAGGAGCAGCAGCAGAUACAGUGUCGUAUAUCCCACAGCGUCUGCUGCUCUGUAUCUCGAUCCCCUUGCAAUGGCAUCGCCGUCCUCGCAACAACCGCGUGAUGCUACCACCACUACAGCUACUGCACAGUGCAAAGUCCCGAUCCCCCGACUCAACAACCGAAGACGACCCAGCGACAACAAUGCAGCAGCGGCCGUCGAGAAACCCCGGGCCGCGCGCGCGUGUCUGGGCUGCAGGCAGCUGAAGAUGAAGUGCUCGGGGGAAGUCAGGUGUCAGCGGUGCGCGGCGGGCGGGAAGCCGUGUGUGUAUCCGCAGGCGCGGAAGGAGAGGAUUAGAUCGGUGGCGGAUCAGAAUGAACAUAUGCUCAGACUCAUGCGGGAUCUCAGAGGGCGGGUGGCGGAGGACGAUCGAUUGCAGAUUGAGGAGCUGCUUGAGAGAAUUGGCGCGGUCCCGAGGAAACGGCAAAAGGAGAGCAAUCAGACAUCGACGUCGCAGCAAAUCGCCAGCAGCCCGGUGACGGUCGUCGACGCCAGUGGUGAUGCGAGUGUGACGAGUCCGAAUAGCUCGGACGCUCCAAGUGCGGUAGAGUUCGCGGGUAAAUUGUCGAAUCUUCAGUGUCUGCAAAGUCGACCGCCGCAAGAUCAAUUACAGCAGAUAUCGAGCGAAGAGAUACAACCGCAAACAGCGGUACCCUUCGAUUCCACUCACCCAGCACAGCAAGUCUUCAAGCCGCAACUCGACAACGCGUCUCUCCUAGAAACAUUCUGGUGUCUCCAGCGAGACUCGGGGAGCGAGCAGGCGCAGGACUUCUUGAAGUACGUCAAGACCUGCGACGUCCUCGACUCAUCAUCGGUGGAAACCUGGCUCGGAAACCAGCAAAAGCAACAGCGAAUCGAUUCCCCGUAUUCGACCCUCCUCAGUACGUCCUCGAGCCCCCGUGAUCGUGUCAGUGGAUACGGAAAGGAAGCAGACGAGUUGAGCAAUUCCCAAACAGAAACCCCAGACGUCGAGCUCGCAGACGCACAGUUCAUGAGCCGCAAUGUGACCGUCACGACUAUCAGGCGUGCGGUGGACAUGUUUUUCUCGUCCACCGGGCUGCUCUUCUACAUCGUGCCUAAGGACCAGCAGGAGUCGCUCUUCCGGUCUGCGUUGAGUCGAGACGACGGGCCUAUGCCUCUGGACUCGCCCUUUGUGGAUUUGCUGCGGAAUAGCACCGGGCUGGAAGCUAAAGCGCGGCUCGCGGAGAUCAGCGGGAUGGCAGCUAUCGGUCUGCUGUAUCUGCGGAUAGCGGACGAGGAACAUGCGCCGCCGGAGAAGAUGGCACACUACUUCUACUCCAUUGCGAAGCAGAUGCUAGAUAGUGCCGUCGAGGCGAAUCCGCUGCGGGCCAUGAAGGUCUGCGCAUUGUUGACGUUGUAUAAUAUCUACGUCAAGGCGAGGGUUGCGAUGGCGUAUGUUGAACUUGGACUGGGUUUGGCACAGCUUCACGGGCUCAACGACAAGAACCAUGAAACCAUGGGUGCUGAUGAACUUUUGGACUACAGGAGGACGUGGAGGACACUGCUCACGUUCAACGGUUGGCUCGCAGCAUCUCUUGGAUAUACAUCCGGCCAACUAAGCCCGAGCACACUUCUCAUGAUGAUGGAGCAAGACGCCACAGAAGAAGACAUAAUCCAACAAGAACUCGCCAAAGUUACCAUCAUCAAAGCGCGCAUCAUCCGCGCCAUCCCCGACGACGGCAUCGUCGACGACAGCGUAAUCGACAGCUACCGCCUCGAACUCCACGACCUCAACGAACGCCUCCCGGAAUGGAUGACCAUGAAGCGCCUCAUCUCCAAACAAGACUCAACCCCCGUCCGAAAAGGCACCUUCUACUUUCACCUCUUCUUCCUCUCCGCCAUGCAGCUCCUCCACCGCCGCUCCAUGGCGAACCCAACCUCCUGCUCCUCCCCCGCGCGCCACAGCACGCGCACCGGCGUCCGCGAAGGCCUCAUGGCGGCCAAAAUGGCCGCCCGCAUGCUGGCCCUCAUGGCGCAGGAAACCUACAUCGGCCAGUUCUGCUGGAUGUGCAUCUACUCGUCCUACACGUCCGGCAUCAUCAUCCUGCACGCAGCCGUCCAGAAGAUCCUAACCGGCUACCACUCGUCGACCUGGAUCGCCGACCUCACCCUCGCCAACAUCUGCGUCAACGUCCUCGCAUUCUGCGCGGAAGUCGACAGCGUGGCGGCGCGCAUGCGCGACAUCGUGAAGAGGUACAUGGAGGUCAUCACCGCGGCCGUGAAUGCCGGACAGUUGAACGCCGACCCGGGGGAAAACAACAACGAGGACGAGGUCGUCGACUACCUCUUCUCGAUCCCGGACGGCGACACAAGGCUGCACAAAGCAGCCCGCGACCUGCUUCGUCUUAUCCAGUACCCCUUCGGCACCGCGCUGGAAUUGAUUCCGCAGGGCGGACCGCGGGCCCCGCCGGUUAGGAGCGAGCUGGUCAAUUGGAUGGAGGCGGCGGUGGGGAUUCCCCAGGAACUGGACUGGGAGCUCAGGAAGUGCGGGUUGAAGAUGAGGGAUCAGCCUGCGGGGACGGCGGCGGCAGCAGCAGCGAAGGGAACGGCAGGGCAGGAGAGAGGGAUGAGGGGUGUUAUGGCGACGAUGGGGCAGGGUCACUGCGUUCCGAUGGGUGACUCGCCGCCGUGGACUACGUGGACGAGCCAGAGUUUUGGGGGCGAUGCUCCGGCGUCGUUGUCGGGGUUCGAUGUGUGAAGGGCGGUGGUGAUGGAUGUCACGAUGCUUGGCAUAUUGUCACAUAUCAAGCACAGCAACCAAAAGUCUACGUUGGACCGGGGUG